CGAGCCGGCUACCGCACGUCAAAAGUCAGAAGUUUCAAAUCGUGUCGUCGUCCCCGUGAUAUUUACGUGUUUUUUUUACAUAAAAUAGUCUUUCUACGCUUUUUCUUAAAUCCUGUGUAAACUUUUUUAUGCACAUCUAAGGUAAAUUCCUUGUAAUGACUUUGAAAUAGAUUCGCGCGCGCAACCAUGAAGAUCAAGAAACCAACAGUCGCAGCGAUGGAGAAACGCAAAGCCACAACUGAUCUGAAUCACGAGAACUGGGACCGGGACGAGGAGCCGGAGGACAAGGGAACCUUCCAAACCGCCUCCGAGGAUGUGCUGAAAACCCGCGUUAUCAAAAAAGCCAAACGAAACAUUAGCGCUGGUGAGUCGGGCACGGGCAAGAGCGUGUUCAGCGGAUUUUCAGGUUUCGGCUCAAGUGCAUCGACUGUGUCCGCCGGCAGCACUCCGUUUUCUUUCCUGUCGAAACUCACGCCCACCCCGCCACCGUCCAAGACUGAGAGUCCUAAGUCAGAGAAGUCAGAAGCCGACACCAAGUUUGGCUUCGAGAAGUCCAACAUUUACUACACUAAAUUGAAAGGACUGAACCAAUCCGUCUCCGACUGGAUCAAAACGCACGUUGACAAGAAUCCCCUAUGCAUACUCACACCAAUCUUCAAGGACUACGAAAAGUACCUCAAGGAGAUCCAGGAGGAGAAGCCAGAAGGCACCAUCACAAGUGCUGCAACCAGCACAAGCUUCAAAUUCGGGGGACAACCACCUAAAACAGAUGCCCCGCCAAAGCCAAACGAGAAGGCAUCACCGGAGAAGGGAGCUAUUCCCAAAUUCUCAUUCGGAACAGUAAACUCAACCACAGACAGCAAAUCAUCAUCGAAUUCGAUAUUUGGAAACGUGGGGGUGAAACCCGCCCAGAACGACAGCAAACUCAGUACAUUUUCGUUCAAGCCAACUCAGGCAACAAUCGAAGCCAGCUCCUCAAAAAGCAGCAUCUUCUCGAAUGCAUCCUCAACUUCAGGCGAAAGCUCGGCUCCAUCGUCGGUGACGGGAUUCAGCUUCUCCGCUGCGAAGCCGUUCACCUUCGGCAGUAACGUAACAGCCGCUCCCCCAGCGGAACCAAAAGACAAGGAUGAAGCCGAUGAGGAUGAGCCACCAAAAGUUGAGUUCACGCCUGUCGUUGAGGACGACAGCGUAUACAGCAAGCGGUGCAAGGUGUUUGUGAAACACGACGGGAACUACGCCGAUCGAGGCAUUGGCACGCUUUACCUCAAAUCAGUCAAAGACAAGGACGUGACCCAGUUGAUUGUCCGGGCGGACACGAACCUCGGCAACAUUUUGCUCAACUUUAUCCUGAACGAGUCGAUCCCAGCACAGCGGCUGGGCAAGAAUAAUGUUAUGAUGGUGUGCAUUCCAACCCCCGACGCUGACCCAAAACCAACGUCGAUCCUCCUGCGGGUGAAGACCGGCGAGGAAGCGGACGAACUGCUGAGCACAAUCAACAAGUACAAGAAGUAGUGGCAAAAAUGGAGAUGCGAAGACAGUGCUUUGUUGGGAGUCUGAACUCCAGAACUCGGUGCAGGACGUGUUAUUGCAAUUGAGUUCGUUGUUUCGUGACGAGUUUCUUUUUUAUCGUUGACAAGUUGUGUGGCGAGAGGAGAGAAUAUCAAGAAAAUUGAACAAAAAUACACAUGUUGAAUAAAUAGUUGAUAAUUUACA